GCCUGCCGGGCCCGGUAGUGCCGUGAGGCGCGACGGCGGCCGGCCGGCCCGGCGCAGGAACUGCACCUCCCGGCAGGCAGCGCGGCUCCGCGCCCCUGCCCCGCGCCCCCCGCCGCGCCGUGUUGUUGCGCCCGGCGCGGCCCGGCCUGGCCCGGCCCUUCCCACCCCUCUCCCGGCGCCCCUGCCGCCGCGGACGGGCUCGGUGUCCCAGGGCAGCCCGGGGCGACGGCAGCUCUGUGUGCCGGGGCCCGGCAUGGCACCGCGCCGCCCUCCGCGCGGGGAGCGUUGGCCGUAGGUGCGGCGGGCUGCCCGGUUGACCAGUGGAUGAGAAAGUACCACUUUCCCGCUGUGCUACAACGUCCCAACCUCCCUGGUUUUGCAAAAGCGGAUGUCUGAGCAUCCUGUAGGCAUGGCUCACUUAAGAGAAUUUGCCAGCCAGCACUCCAGGGUGGAUCCUGAGGAGCUGUUCACCAAGCUGGAGCGGAUUGGCAAAGGAUCGUUUGGUGAAGUGUAUAAAGGGAUUGACAACCGCACCAAGGAGGUGGUUGCUAUCAAGAUCAUUGAUCUGGAGGAGGCUGAGGAUGAAAUUGAGGACAUUCAGCAGGAGAUUACAGUGCUCAGCCAGUGUGAUAGUCCCUACAUCACCCGGUACUAUGGGUCUUACUUGAAGGGCACUAAGCUGUGGAUAAUUAUGGAGUACCUAGGAGGAGGUUCAGCCUUGGAUUUGCUGAAGCCAGGACCCCUGGAGGAGACUUACAUAGCUACUAUCCUGAGAGAAAUCCUAAAGGGUUUGGAUUAUCUGCACUCUGAGAGGAAGAUCCACAGGGACAUCAAAGCUGCCAACGUGCUACUUUCGGAACAAGGAGAUGUGAAACUGGCCGACUUUGGGGUGGCUGGACAGUUGACAGACACACAAAUCAAGAGAAACACUUUUGUUGGGACUCCGUUCUGGAUGGCACCAGAGGUCAUCAAACAGUCUGCUUAUGACUUCAAGGCAGAUAUCUGGUCCCUUGGAAUUACAGCCAUUGAACUAGCAAAGGGAGAGCCUCCAAAUUCCGAUUUGCAUCCUAUGAGAGUUCUCUUCCUGAUCCCCAAAAAUAACCCUCCAACACUUGAGGGUCACCACAGCAAGCCCUUCAAGGAGUUUGUGGAAGCCUGCCUCAAUAAGGAUCCUAGAUUUAGGCCAACAGCUAAAGAAUUGCUAAAGCACAAGUUCAUCACACGCUACACCAAGAAAACCUCAUUCCUAAUGGAGCUGAUAGAUCGGUUCAAGCGCUGGAAGUCGGAGGGCCAUGGAGAAGAUUCCAGUUCUGGUGAUUCUGAUAUUGAUGGAGACACAGAGGAUGGAGACCAGGGUCCAAUCUGGACAUUCCCACCAACUAUUCGCCCCAACUCCUUGAGCAAGCUGCACAAAGGAAUGGCUCUUCAUGGUUCUCAGAAGCCUACUGAGCCCAUCAAGAGGCAGCCACGGUCACAGUGUCUCUCAACGCUUGUUCACCCAGUUUUUGGGGAGCUUAAAGACAAGCACAAGCAGACUGGAGGCAAUGUGGGAGCUAUGGAGGAGCUGGAGAACGCCUUUAGCUUGGCUGAGGAGUCCUGCCCAGGCAUCUCUGACAAACUGAUAGCACACAUGGUGGAGCGGGUACAAAGGUUUUCACACAGUCGGAACCACCUGACCUCUGCUCGCUGACACCUACGUUCCCUGCUGUUGUUGUGAGGGGGGAAGGAUUUUUUCCAGCUUCAUGAGAACUACAUCUCUAAUCCAGACCACCAUCUGCUAUUGGACGUAACGUUGUGUUACGGACUUCAGGACAUUUCAGAGCCUUCAUAUUACACGUGUUUCCAUGAUAACCCAGGGUGGGGUUUGCAAUGCAAGUACAAUUUAGACCUUUUGCAGAACCCAAGAUGGGUGGUCUAAUUGUUUUUACAGUUUUAAUCAAUGCAGUUUUUAAUUGUUUCCCUAUGGAUGUAUCCAUUUCGGCUUGGUUUGAUUCACAGCUUGUUACUGGUGUAAAUGCCUGGCUGCUGGAAAAGAGGGCAAUUCUCCUCCACUGAGAUGUUUCGAAGGCAAGUCUGCCCUUCCUAAAGAAGUGUGUCAGCAGUAAUGUGUGAGUGCAGGUAUGUUUGGAAGCUCUCCAUGCAUUACGACCUCUGGGAAAGUUUGAGCAGCUCUCCAGUUCUUCUGGAGAACUGCUUCAACUCAUUCGCAGACUAGUAAUGAAAAGCUUUCAAGUAGAGCAGCAGCUGAGCUAAUAUGCUGCCGCUCUUUCCCAGCUUGUUGUUUCACAGGAGGAUGAGUUUGCUGACUGUACUUCUUUUGGCUCUGGGACAUCAUUUUGUAUUAGGCCUUGGUUCACCUAAUUCAGGCAAAGAAGAACUUGCCUUGGGUCUCCAGGGGCUGGAAGGCAAAUUGGUUACAUUUGGUUUGGGAGCUGGUAGAGUUCCUUUCCUUGGUGCUUUCUGCAACUGAAGCAACUAGAUGGACAGGUUUGGCGGUCCUAGUCUAUAAGCUGAGUGGGCACCUACUGUGUGCGCCCAAAUGUUGCAGAAAAAAAAAGGGGAUGGGGGUGCUGACAGGGCUGCAGUACAAAAGGCAGACAGAUGUUGUGUAGCAGUUCUUGAGGCAAGAAACCUGUCCUUAACAGGAAGGUAUAAACUGGAUGGCUGGCAGCCACAGUGUCAGUGUGGUGUGGCUGGGGUUUGCAAAGCCACUCUAGGCCUCCAUCCCCUUCUUCACAGCUUUCACUUUCUGGCUCUUCUUUCAGUCUGGGAUCUAAACUCGCUGAAGCCAGCACUCUGCUCCAAUUGACAGACUGCGGUGGUGGUUGCUGGCAGAGAAAUUAAAGCAUCUACUGCUGCUUAAGGUAUUCCAGUGGAGCCAUCCCCCAACUAGCUUUGCUUUCUGUGUAAUACUAGUUUAUAAAGCGAACCUUUAAUUCAGGUAAAGGCAGAGAUCUUAAAUCUAUAGUUUAAAGGUCUAGAAAAAUAGACUUAGGAAAAUAACUUCUGAUAGCUGGUUGCUUAGAGAUCUGUUCUCUAAUUGUAAAGAUAUAUCCAUUAAGUCAGCAAGACCUUAGAUACCCAGAUCUUUCUGUCUGGAUGUUUUUGUGUGAAUGAUCUCGUUCACCCCAAAGCCACUGAGAAAAAAAGCUGUAGCUGUUCAGCAUUUUUUUUAAAAGAUAGGCCACUUUGUUAGUAACAGGGCUUGAUUUUUGGUACUUUGAUUCAGACCUGGAGAUUGUAAGUGCUGCGCUCAAAGUAGCUCAAAAGGACCAUAUGUUCCCUCCUCCUGGUGUGCGUUGUUCACUUUAGCUUAUGACUAUCCUUUACUCUUCCUCUCUGAUGGAUAAAUACAGGCUCAGCAAAUACUAUGAACUUGUCCAGCAGAGGAGAGGUGCUGCUGUUUGAUCUUGCUGUAGAUCUGCUGCAGAGUUGUGUUUCUCCGUGGUGCAAGCCACCUCAAAGCCUGCAUUUACGGAGAACACAACAAACCCAUUUUUCCCGCAGGAAAAGGCGUUAAUGUGUAGACAGGAAGCUUACUGAGGUGGAAGGCAGAGACUGCAGUCCAGCAGAAAGGCAGCUGAAGGGCUCCUGCUGCUUUUAAAGUCACUGUUGCUGAUGGUAGCAAAUCGUGUCAAUAAGGUACCUUGUAUUAUUACUCACAUACACUACAGUGUAAUGAGUAAACUUUUUAAAGGAAACAAUCCCCACAAACCUCAUCCAGUAUUCAAAGCAACAAUGGUUUUAGUUUUUAAAAACGUUGAAAGGGAUCUGCCACUUUCAAUAAAGUAACGAAACAAAUGA